UCAAGUCAACAUAAGUCAAGCUGAUCUCCUUUUAUUUUUCAACAUUGGCUGCUGAAAUACCAGUAGAUUUCUCAUGAUUUAGGCAAACAAUUCCAGAGUUGAUAUUAAAGAAAAAAAAAGCAGCAGAGACGGUGAAGCAGCGCCGAGAUAACAUCCAUUUUCCACAGUAGCUAAGUAUAUUUCUUAACUCUGAAUCAAUAUCGGAUUUGAAUCGCUUUUCUGUGUAGUAGGUUUUGAAUAUUACUCGCAACAAAUUCGUAUAACCAGACGCUGUUCUCGUUUGCUUGAUCUGAGUGUAAUAUUUCAGGAGGGAAUGUAAAAUUCCGAGACUGCCCUGCAAUCAUUUAAGCAAGUCAACUGAAGUCAAGCUGAUCUCCUUUGAUUUUGCAGCAUUGGCUGCUGAAAUACCGGUAUGUUUCUCAUCACUUAGGCAAACCAUUCCAGAGUUGAUAUUAAAGAAGAAAACAGGAGACAGGGUGAAGCAACGCCAAGGUUACUCGCAACAAAUUCGUAUAAUCAGACGCUUUUCUCGGUUGCUUGAUCUGAGUGUAAUAGUUCAGAUUAUUUGGUGAAUUAUGGAACUUGUAGGACCAAUUUGUGAAGUGCUAAAGUGCUUAGGAGAUCCAACAUGUACAUACAUAGAGCAUCACAGAAAACUUAAAGACAGGAUGAAUGAUCUUCAAGAGAGACUAGUCCGACUAAAUGCUAUGAAGAGAGAUGUGGAGCGGAGAAUAAACGCAGAGCUUCGAUGGGGAAGACUUUUAAGGGAAGAAGUAGAGAAGUGGCUUCUAGAUGUGCAAACCGUCAAUGAUACAAUGCGGGACAUUGAUGAACGAAUGCAAAAUGUGUCUUGUUUUUCACGUGCACGCCUCGGAAAACGUGUUGCUCAAACAGUUGAACAAGUGGAGGGAAUUAUUGAACGAGGUAGGUUCCCUGAAGCUCUAGUAAUUGAUAAUCCAUCUACUGCUGGAGUGCCUUUCCAAUCGGAACAUUUAGAAGGUGAAACCAUGGUGAUAGAAGACAUUUGGAACUAUUUAAUGAGUGAUGAAAUUGGAAUGAUUGGAGUAUGUGGGAUGGGUGGGAUCGGGAAAACCACUAUCGUGAAGCACAUAUACUAUCAACUAUUGAAGGAGACUAAACCUUUGUUUGAUAAAAUCAUUUGGGUCACUGUUUCAAAGGAGCUCAGCAUUCCCAAAUUACAGCAAAACCUUGCAAAUGCUAUGAAUAUUGUAGGUCUUCCAGAAUCUGAACCAGAGCGUGUAGCAGUAUUAAUGGAUAAACUGGGACAAAGAAGAUAUGUAUUGAUCUUAGAUGAUGUUUGGAAAGAGUUCUCUCUGGCAGACGUAGGGAUUCCUAAACCAACCUCCAGCAAUGGGAGUAAGUUGGUAUUAACCAGUAGAUUGAUUGAGGUUUGUAGAUCAAUGGACUGUAAGGUAGUCAAAGUGCCUCCACUCUCCAAUGAGGAGUCCAUGAAUUUAUUCUUGAAGCAUGCUGGACGUGGGGUUCUAAAGGUUCCAUCUUUGAAAGAAAUUUUGGACAACGUUGUUAAGGAGUGUGAUGGGUUACCCCUUGCCAUUGCUGUAAUAGCUGGGAGCAUGAAGGGAAUAUAUAACGUUGAAGAAUGGAGGAACGCUUUAAGAGAGUUACGAGACCAUGUAAGAAGCGUGAAGGACACAGAUGUUGAAAUAUAUGAGCGAUUGAAGUUCAGUUUCGAUCGUUUGGGAGAUUUAAAAAUCCAAAGUUGUUUUCUUUAUUGCUCACUAUAUCCAGAAGACUAUAUAAUUCCAAGGAAGGAAUUAAUAGAAUGCUGGAUAGAUGAGGAAUUUCUUGGAAAUGGGAGUCGACAAGAGUUGCAUGAUAAGGGUCAUACCAUAUUAAAUAGGCUGGAAAAUAAUUGUUUGUUGGAAAAGGUUGGUAGAGAUAUUGUGAAGAUGCAUGAUGUAAUGAGAGAUACAGCAUUGUAUAUCAAAGGUUCUGGCUCCCGUUUUAAGGUACAAUCUGGCAUCGGACUAAAAGAACUACCAAGCAAGCAAGAAUGGGGAGAAGAUCUUGAAAAAGUUUCCUUCAUGGUGAAUAACGUAUCUGAGAUUCCUCCGCACUUGUCACCCAAUUGUGAGGUUCUUUCUACCUUAUUAUUGCAAAAGAAUGAAUCAUUACAAAGGAUUUCAGAAUCGUUCUUUCAACAUAUGCAUAGACUCAGCAUUCUUGAUCUUUCUUAUACCAAUGUCAAGCAACUGCCAACUUCUGUGUCAAACUUGGAAAAGCUCAAAGCAUUGGUGCUUCGUCGAUGCUACAACUUGAGAUAUGUGCCUUCACUAGAAAAGCUUGAGGCUCUAAGAAAGUUGGACCUCAAUCGUACAGCUAUUGAAAAGGUGCCUAAAGGUUUGGAAAUGUUAUCAAAUCUAACUUAUCUUAAUUUAUGUACUGAAAGCUUAAAGGAGCUGCCAGUUGCAAUUCUACCCAGGCUUUCUUGUCUGCAAUGUUUGAUGUUAUACGUUGAAUCAAGUCGUAUAAGAAUGAAUGGAUUCGAUGCUGCCAGAUUAACGAAGCUAGAGAGAUUUGAAGGGAGAUUUACUGAGUUGAUAGACUUUAAUGCCUACACCAAGUCUAUACAAUGUCAACAGCUCACUUCUUACUUGCUUGUCAUGGCACCACUUGAAUUCAAGUUUAACGUCAAACAACGUAUAAAAGGCAUAAAUUGUGUUUACCGUUUCAAGUUGUUGAAUGUGGACAGCGACAAAGGGAGGCAGAAGGCGAUGAUGCUCGCAAGCGGGCUCCAAGGUGCGGAAUCUGUUUGCUUGAUCUCUAAAGACAGGACGAUUCUGGAAGUGUCUGGUGACUCAGAAAUGGGACCCACUAAAAUUGCGGCAAAUUGGAAGAAACGAGGUAUAGAAGUGCAGCUCAUGGAUGAGCGGUGGGACCCUACCUCUCUUCCUAUGAAAUACGUGAUAUUAAGCGGGUGUCCGAUAGGACGAGAAGAUCCAGCAGAGCUCCCAAGUGACGUUAGGACUCUGAAAAUUUUUGGGUGCCACAAUAUCAGAAGCUUAAGUGAUAUGCCCUUCUUUCAACAAACAAAUGAGUUGGGGUUCUGUUCGAUUCACGAUUGUAGAGGGAUAGAAUCUGUGCUUGAUCUGUCGUCACCAUCCCAAUCAUGCACCCCAUUUGAGAACCUUGACCUCUUGUGGCUUGAAAAUUUAGAGAACCUUCAUGUGCUUGUUAAACUAGCAGAAGCAUCCGUUGUUUCCACAUUGAGUUCGCAGUCUAUUCCAGCCAUCUUUUCCCAUCUUAAAUCAUUUUAUAUUGAAGGAUGCUCAAACAUGAAGCAGCUCUUUCCCUUUGACUUGGUACAUGACCUCCAAAACCUAGAGAACCUCAUAGUUCGUGGUUGUGGACAAAUAGAGGAAAUAAUAGGACCAAAAGAAGAGGAAGAGAAUCACAAGGGAAAUGGAACGCAAGCUCCAACAAAGUUCAGCCUUCCCAAAUUAAAGGAGUUAGAAUUGACGUGCUUACCAGAGCUGAAGAGCAUAUGCAGUUCAAAUAGGGAAAUGGUAUGCAACUCUCUUAGGAAAAUUAAAGUACGGGACUGUACGAAGCUAAAAAGGAUGCCUCUGUAUCUUCCUCUUUUUCAAGAUACACACCAAUCAGCUCCUUCUGCUCAUCCUUUCGAAAGAAUCCGCAUAUGUCCAAAGGAGUGGUGGGAAUCAGUAGAGUGGGACUAUCCGAAUGCUAAGGAGGUUCUGCGACCUUGGUUGAACUCGUAUUAGCGCUGCUGGAAGCCUUUGCUGUUCAAAUCAAAUUCCGGAUCAAGCUAAACAGCGAGUCUUCAUUUGUUGCUUUUAUUUCUAGAAAAUAAUUUGAAGAUAUUUUAUUCUACCAAAAAGAAAACGGGAAGACCUACAAGAAGAGGAUUAUGAUUAGCAAAAUAGAAACCAAAGAGAACAAAAAUAUUACUAGUGUUUAAAACAAAUUUCAAUAAAGCAGGGUCUCAUUUGCUUCUUUGUUUAACCCCGAUGACUAGGCUUGCUCUAGAACCCUUGAGAUUCUCAUUAUGACAUUAAUGAUUUGAAUGAAUGAACAGCCCCUUUUUCUUCUUUAUUCUGUAACAGCAAGCUUUAAGUUGAUAUAAAUAUGUUUUCCAAUGUAGUAUUCUUGUUUGCUUAGAUCAAUGUCAAAAACCUUGCCUCUAA